AUGGCGUCCGACAAGGUUCUUGCGAUGGAGGAGGUUGCCAAGCACAACACCAAGGAGGAUUGCUGGGUCGUCCUCUACGGCAAGGCCUACGACCUCACGAAGUUCGCCAAGGUGCACCCAGGCGGCGCCAAACUCAUCACGGACGCAGCGGGCAUGGAUGCCACCGCCAUCUUCGAUCCGAUCCACCCCAAGGACAUCAUGGACAAGCUGUUGAAGCCCUCGUUGACCAUGGGAGUCGUCGACACAUCCACCAUCAAGCCCGAGCAUGUCGCCAAGCCUCCCGAGGCCCACAAGCCCAAGCCCAAGAAGAAGGCGGUCAAGGCAGAUGCGGGCGCGGAGGAGGUGGAGGAGGAGUUCAAGAAGCCACCUCUGGCGGCCAUGCUCAACAGCUUCGACUUCGAGUCGGUGGCCCGCGAGGUCAUGGAGCCACAGGCUUGGGGCUACUAUUCCAGUGGAGGCGAUGAUGAGAUCACCUUGCGUGACAACCAUCUUGCCUUCCAGAGGAUCACCAUGCGCCCGCGCAUCCUUGUUAACGUCAGGGAGAUCGAUAUGACGACGAAGAUCUUGGGGGUUCCAGCCUCCCUUCCGCUCUACUUCACCGCUACCGCGCUCGCCAAGCUCGCGCACCAGGAAGGCGAGCUGGCCAUCGUGAAGGCCGCCAAGAAGGCGGGCGUGCCGUACAUGCUGCCCACGCUGAGCUCCUACACCCUGGACGAGAUGCUGGCGGCGCGCACCCCGGACCAGGUGGUCUUCAGCCAGCUCUACGUGAACCCGGAGCGGUCCCGCAGCGAGGAGUACGUGGCCAAGCUGGAGCAGGCGGGUGUGCAGGCCCUCUUCGUGACCGUGGAUGCGCCGCAGCUUGGCCGCCGCGAGAAGGACAUGCGCAACAAGUUCACCCAGCAGGGCUCCGACGUGCAGGGCGACGACGAGGAUGAAGGUGCUGUGGACCGCUCCCAGGGUGCCACCCGCGCCAUCAGCAGCUACAUCGACCCUGGCCUCAACUGGGAGGAUGUGCCUUGGCUCAAGAGCAUCACCAAGAUGAAGGUGCUGUUGAAGGGCGUCCAGUGCGCGGAGGAUGCAGUGAUGGCCUACAAGUCCGGUCUUGCUGGCUGCGUGUUGUCCAACCACGGUGGACGCCAGCUGGACACCUGUCGCCCGGGCAUCGAGGUCCUCCCUGAGGUCAUGGAGGCCGUCAGGGCAGCGGGUGCCACCAAGGAGAACUUCGCCGUCUUCAUCGAUGGCGGCGUGCGCCGCGGCGGCGACGUUUUCAAGGCGGUGGCUCUCGGCGCAGAGGCCGUGGGCGUGGGCCGACCGGUGCUGUACUCCCUGGCUUCCUACGGCCAGAACGGCAUCGUCCGCAUGGUCCACAUGCUCCAGGACGAGCUGCAGAUGGUCAUGCGCCUGGCCGGCACCCCGAACAUCCCCAGCAUCACGGAGAAGCACGUGAUCACCACCAACCUCGCCGACCACAUCGUGCCCCUGCCCAUCGACAACCUCACGCACAAGACCUACCAGGGCCUGGAGCCCGCCGCCAGGCUCUAA